CGAGGGGGAGGGGCCGAGUGAGGCAGGCAGACAAGAUGGCGUCGCCCCGUUGCCGAGGCGAGUCCGGGGCGGGGAGGCGGGCCGCGGCCGGCGGGGACUCCUAGUGCGGAGAGGCCGGAGGAGCAGCGGGGGACGAGGCGGGGCCGCCGCGGGGGUUCUAAAUGGCUUCUAGGAAAUCAGGAUCUGACUUUCAUGGGCCCUUCAGCUACCUCGAUGAUGUCCCGUUCAAGAUAGGAGACAAGUUUAAAGCCCCAGCUAAAGUCGGCCUGCCCAUUGGCUUCUGCUUGCCCGACUCACCACAACUUGUACGGGAAGCCCAGUAUGACUUCUCCCUGGAAAGGAGGACCAUCGAGUGGGCAGAGAACAUCAAGAGAAUCCAGGCUGCCCAGCAAGAGGCUGAGCGGAAGGCGGAAGAAGAGGCGGCCCUGGUCAGAUCCAAGGCAGCUGCGGAGGAGGAGAGCCAGGCUGGCUUUGCGGAAGGCUGCUGUCCUGGGGCCGUCAUGCCGCCCCCCAUCAACCCCAUCCUCGCCAGCCUGCAGCACAACUGCAUCCUGACCCCGACCCCGGCGAGCAACAGCACCCUGAAGCAGAAGGUCCUCAGCCCUCCCCACGCCAAGGCCGACUUCAACCCGGCAGACUUCGAGUGCGAGGAGGACCCCUUCGACAAGCUGGAAUUGAAGACGAUCGAUGACAAGGAGGAGCUGAAGAACAUCCUGGAGAUCCACGUCGGCACGACGGGCCCGAUUGUGGCCCAGCUGUUGGGCGACAACGGCCCGCCCAAAGCAGCCCCCGAGCCCGUGGCCCCAGACCAGGAGGUCCUGGCCACGCUGGACCUCAAGCCCCUUCACAAACCCAACGGCCUGAUCGUCUUGCCGCAACUGGGGGGCCGGGAAAAGAUGUCGCUGUCUUCCAAAGUGUCCCUCUCUCCCGUGACGUCCGUGAGCAACAUCAAGUCUCUCUCCUUCCCGAAGCUGGACUUGGACGAGAGCGACUUGCAAACGGCGAAGCUCACGAGCACCUACCGCAGCGCCGGCUGCCUCCGCAACGGCACUUUCCUCCGCUCUUUGCCGAGCAAAGCCAGCGAACUGAAUGGGCACCAUGUGGCCGGGCUGCCGGAGCUAAACGUGGAUGGUGGCCCGGAGACACAGACUCUGUCCUCGGUGUCCAGACUGCCUUCCCUACCCACCUCAGUAGCAUGUACAGAAGAAGCGCCGACUCUCACCACAGCCACGGUGGUAUCUCACCAAAGUUUCUCGACCUCUCAAGUGCCCCCCGCCCCCAGCUGCCCGAAGAGAUGGCCCAGCAGCCCCUCCUACGAGGCCCUUUCCCCCGGCGAGCGGCAGUGCGUCGAGACUGUCGUCAACAUGGGCUACUCCUGCGAGGACGUCCUGAAGGCUAUGAAGAAGAAGGGGCGGAACAUAGAGCAGGUUCUUGACUACCUGUUUGUCCACGGACAGCUCUGUGAGAAGGGCUUCGAUCCACUCCUUGUAGAAACGGCUUUGGAAAUGCACCAGUGUUCAGAGGAGGAGACAACAGCGCUGCUCCAGCUAAUGAGUAAAUUUAAAGAAAUGGGCUUUGAACUGAAAGACAUUAAAGAGGUUUUAUUAUUACAUAAGAACGACCAGGACAAUGCGCUGGAAGAUCUAAUGGCCCGGGCCGGAGCCAGCUGAAGGGAGCCUAGAGGAGCCCUCCCCCCCCCCCACUCCAGCCAGCCAGACCCUUUCGCGGGGCUCUCUGUGGGCGUGGAAAGGAGCCGGCCACAAAAACCUUGCCUUUCUGGGAACCUGGGUGAGCUGCUCUGUUGGCACACGGCCCUCCCAAGUAGGCCGUCCCCAGCGGAGAGAGCCCAACCCUUUCAAUUAAAGUUUAAGUGUCCUUUCCUGAGUAUACCCCCCCCCCCCUUAUUUUAUUUUAUUUUUGGCUAGGCCACAGAAAACCUUGACUGGAGUUGUACAUAGCCAGGCCAAGCUAGUUCUUAUUUCCCCCCUUCCACUGCCACUUCCCCCCCCCCUCCAAAAAAAACAAACCCCUCUUGCACUGGACUCGGCCAGAGAAGUUAUCUGCUUGGCUCUGACGCGAACGGUUCCUUUGGUUCCUUGAAGCUGCUUUCAUUGUGUGUCUUGCUCGUACUGAACGGGGACGCUUAGUCAAGAUAAACAAGUCUACCUUGAAUGCAGUGGGACUUUAAAGUUUUGUUUGGGGGAGGAGGAACAGGGGAUGGGGGCGGGGAGAGAACCUUUGGUCGAAAGUUAGUGAAAACACUGGUUCCGAAACUGCCGCUAUGCAUAGAGAGAAGCCGUACCUCUUUCCUUUGGCGUUCUAGUUCUUGAACAGGGGAAACCAAAUCCUUCAGCCCAGGUAAAACCCCAGUUAGACCCCCUUGGCCAGUGGCAGCUUUCUUCACCUGGGGCUAGAGGAGACGCUUAGAACCUCUCGACUGUUCUGUCUUCUCCGGGCCUUUUUAAAAAAUUCACGCGGAAGCCGAUUCCUGAAAAAUCAGCCGACUUAAUAACGAGUGUGAGAAACGAGAAGUCUUACCUUUCAUGCACUUUCUUUUUAAUACUCGCCGCAUCGGUUUCAUAUUUCCGCCCUCCCACACACACACACUGCUAUAAUUACAUUAAUCUAUUAACAUCUAGUAAUAGGAAUCCUACUUUUUGGUUUGAUUUUGAUAGUAAAGAACAAAACAAAACAGUGUAUUAUGUUGUACAUGGUUGAAGAUCUAAAUGCAUACAAUAUUAAGCAGUCGAUGAAUCUCUGAAGUGAUUUGCUAAGUAUUUUGAUUCUGCAGAAAGGGAUACUAAUAAAACUUUAAAAUGCA